AUGCGCCUCCACAAUGAGAAGAAGCACCCGUGCACUCACUGCGGCAAAAAAUUCUAGCAACCGGCCCAAGUAAAGAUGCACGUGCAGAGCGUGCACCAAAAGACCACGCGAGAUUUGCGGCAAAAUAUUUGCUACCGAGAUGAGCGCCAACCUUCAUCGCAAGAUGAUACGUUCCAGGGAACACACCGUGUUUUGCUGCAAGUGCGCCAAAGUGUUCGUUACCGCUAGUCAGUUGGAUAACCACAUCUCUUCCGUGGACGAGAAGAAGGGGGUCGAGUCUUCUGUCCCUUGCCCGUGUUGUGGGAAGCUGGUCAAAAAUAAACAGUACCUAAACUACCACAUGAUUGUACACGAUCACGAGCGUAAGCAAUUUCCGUGUCAACAGUGCGCAAAAGUGUUUCAUUGUUCUAUCUCGUUGCGAAACCACAUAAGAAUCUUGCACGCCGGUUCAAGGCCGUUCAAAUGUCAUAUAUGCGAGAAGAUUGUGACGUCGAAGAAUAGCCUGACGUGUCACAUUAGGACGCAUACGGGGGAGAAGCCUUUCAAGUGUGCGUACUGCGACAAGUGUUUCGUGAGUAAAAAGCUGCUUAAGAUUCACGUGGUUGUCCACACCAAGGAGAAGCGCCACGUCUGCAGAUGCUGCAGCAAAGCUUUCACUCAGAGGAGCUCCUUGAAGACGCACUUUUUGAAAAAGCAUCUUUUUUGUAAUUAUAUUACUUUUGGAAAAGCUUUUUUUUUUAAUUUUCGUUUUUAACACGCUCCUUUCCUGUUAGAUGAAUCGCUGUCCCCCUCCAAGUGCGUGUUUGUUAAUGUAAUUAUCAAAACGUGAGUCAGUUGUUCAAGUUUCGUUCGGUAUAAACACUGAAUCAACCCUUGGAUGUUUUGGAAUAAAAGUUUGUGCUUUCGACUUAAUACUACCCUCUCCUCAACUAUAUAAGAAAGCUUCCAGAUGGUUAAUAUUAACCUAAAUUGUUGGUUAGUCGCACCAGGAGCACCUUAGGGAACUCGC